CAUGACGAGCGGUUGGGUGUAUUCGUGAAAGCGGCGUUAUUAAAUUUUUAUUGCCAAUUGAAAUGAAAUCAUUAUACAAGUGAGCCAAUUAAUAUUGCAAAAAAUUUUGAAAUUUAUCAAAUGCAAGCCAAAGCCUUGUAAAUGAAGUGAAGCGCACGAAUAAUUAGCGGCUUUAGGGGUGAAAAAGAACAGGCGCACACGAGUAAAUUGCGUGCAGAACAUUUUGAGUGGAAAAAUAUAUUAGUAAUGAAUUAGAAUUCCAGUAAGUGGGCGGAGUGAGUUUGACAGUCUGUGAUUAACUCACGCAAAGCAAAAAUGAAAAAAUCUAAAAAUAUACAAAAAUAAUACAAAAAAAUUCAAAGCAGAAAAUGAAACGAAUAAAACGACCUAUGACCGCGCGCAUACUCAAGUAGGUCUGUAGACAAAAAUAUCUUCUGCAUAUCGAAAGAAAACGUGAACACAGCCAAAAAAUACUUAGGCUACUCAAAUACUCAACCAAGUGAAAUUCAAGAGCGCUCCUACGCUUAACCCUUCAAAACUAAAAAAACAGAAAAAAUAAAAAGAAAAAAGGGAACAUAAACCAACAAACGACUCAACAUGCAUUUGUGCGUGCACACAAAGCCCUAAACCUAACCAACUACUAUUUGGCACAGCUGAGGCAGCAGUUACAAUAUCGGAAAAAAAUGCAAAAUCAACAAAAACAGUGCUAUACCACCUGCCGCUGCAGGCACCAGCAGCAGCGCUUACAUUCGCCUACACCUUCUCAGCAACAACAUCAGCAUAAACAUCAACAUCAACAUCACCUAUGUCGAAAGACACCACAGCCACAAGGGCGCGUCAAAUUUCAUACUGUGCCUCGCUUGCUGUCGCCCCUGUGGCUCCUACUCAUCUCUCUGCUCCUGCUCACCGGUCAAUCACCCGUGUCGCUGGCCACACGCUACAACCGCCAAAGUCAGGGCCACAUAUCGUAUGGUGCCGCAAGUGGCGGCAACAGCCUGCCCUCGCCGCACUUUCCUCUCGAUGCCAAUACGAUGUAUCCCGGUGGCGCUGCUGGCAAACAUCACGCCAACAUCAAUAACGACGUGUACUCGGUGGCCGACAGCCAGGCCAUGACCGACGAUUAUAUGGCGCAAUUCGGUAAGCCACCUGCUCCGCCACCACCGGUGCUGCCACCAUACCACACGCACUCGCACGCCUCCGCUGUCGAUAAUACGCUAAUCAUACACCAACAGCCGCAGUUGAGCAGCUGUCAGACGGUGUGUGCAUGCAAGUGGAAGGGCGGCAAACAGACGGUGGAGUGUAUCGACCGUCAGCUCAUACAAAUACCCGAAAAUAUCGAUCCGUCGACACAGGUGUUGGACAUGUCGGGUAAUAAGCUGCAAACGCUGUCGAAUGAGAAAUUCAUACGCGCCAAUCUGCUGAAUCUACAGAAGUUGUAUUUGCGCAGUUGCAAGAUAGGCGAAAUCGAACCGGCAACGUUUAAGGGCCUAACUAAUUUGGUUGAACUAGACUUGUCGCAUAAUUUGCUGGUGGUUGUACCUUCGCUGGCACUUAGUUAUAUAUCAUCGUUACGCGAACUGACGCUGGCCUCUAAUCACAUACACAAGAUCGAGUCGAACUCAUUUGCCAGCACACCUGCGCUACACAAACUGGAUUUGUCGCACUGUGACAUUCAGUCUGUGGCACCACUGGCCUUUGAUGGUCUGGAAAGUCUGACGCUUCUGCGACUUAAUGGCAACAAGUUGAGUGUAUUGCUGCCACGCACCAUCGAGACGUUGAGCAAACUGCAUGGCAUCGAGCUACAUGACAAUCCUUGGCUCUGUGACUGUCGCAUGCGCGACGCGAAACUUUGGUUGACCCAGAAGAACAUACCCUAUCCGGUGGCCCCGCUAUGCUCGGGUGGACCCGAACGUGUAAUUGAUCGUACCUUCUCCGAUCUGCAAGUAGAAGAUUUUGCCUGCCGGCCGGAAAUGUUGCCCAUCAGCCACUAUGUGGAGGCAACGAUGGGCGAGAAUGCUUCGGUAGUGUGCCGUGCAAAGGCCAUACCUGCGGCGGUCAUUAAUUGGUACUGGAAUGGCAGGCUGCUAACGAACAACAGCGCUUUCAGUUCCUAUCAACGCGUGCAUAUCUACGAUGAUGGACACUUUGAGAAACAUUCGCGCCUAGUGCUUACUAACGCGCAGGAGACGGACUCUAGCGAAUUUUACUGCGUGGCGGAGAACCGCGCUGGCACAGCAGAGGCCAAUUUCACGCUGCAUGUAAGUAUGCGCGCCGCAGGCAUGGCAUCGCUGGGCAGCGGGCAAAUUGUCGGCCUUAGCGCAGCACUCGUGGUGUUAAUUGUAUGCAUUUUGCUGGCGGUUAUGUUUCUGCUUAUGCGCGUGAAGCGCCAGCCGUACACGGAAAGCAAGACCCCUAACCACAUGGAGGUGGUGACGAGUGUCAAUCAUCAGAAUUCCAUAACGAACAAAACUCAACCCAUAACCGGAAACGGCAGCAUAGGUGGCGUGGUCAUUGCGAAUGGCGCUAUACCGAAUUGUAUUGACACAGCUGGCACAUUGGAGCGGAAGAGCAGCGCGGCAAUGUUAGCAAAUGAAGCAGGUUUUGCCAACCCAGUGCAAAAACCACCGCGCCUCACCGAUCUGCCCUAUUCAGCUACUGGAUACGACAACAACGGCAGCGUGCUGUCGACUGCACCGUGUUUUCUCUCCCCCACGGCAUCGGCUGGCAACAAUCCGGAUCUCAUAAAUGACACAAAACGUUUUGGCAGCGAUGAAUUCGCCGAUCUGAAAAUACCAGCAAUACUAACGGCAAACUUGGGCACCGAGCUGGGUAGCUCGAGUGGCGAAUAUAGUCGCGCGGGCGGUUGUGACUCACUUUAUCCUUCGGGCUUGUGGGAGAAUGCGCCAACGGGCACCUCCUCGGCGGAUGAUCUCUUCCUGAAGCGUUACACCGACAAAACGCCCAUUAUUGAAUCGAAUCAACUCUACGAUCUGCACGAACGCACCAUCGACUACUUUAGCAAGACAUUUCCGCGCACGCACUAUAACAACCUGCAACUGGCCGGCGGCUGUGGGACGACCAACAGCAAUAUUGGCAAUGACACCAACGGUAUGAUGCACAAUCCAUCCACCUCAUCGGCAGCACUGUUGCAUAACUCAAACGGCGGCAUGGGCGGCAUGAGUGGUGGCACACAUUCGACCGCUUCGACAACCACCACUAAUCUUUCGGGUUCGUCAAGCGCUGGUGUGGGUGGCGGCUAUCCCAACGACUAUGGCUUACCGUUGGUACCAGGCGCCGAACACCAACACAAUCAUCACCUGCAAAUGCAUCCACUACAGCAGUUGCAACAGCAUAUGGCAGCAGCAGCGACGAACCAGCACAACAGUAGCAAUAGCAACCACAGUAGUCCACAUUUCAGUAGCAGAACAUUGCCUCGCCUGCACGAGCACAGCAACAGCGGCAGUAGCAGCAGCGGUGCAGGACUCAGCAGCUCAAGAUCUUCACCCACACCGGCGGCUGCGACGCCCACAGUGGCGACUACAGUGACGCAAAGCGCAACGGGACAAGCGCAUACCUCCAUACUUCCGAACGGACAGCCGGUGAAUGCCAAGACAAUACGCGUGUGGCAGAAGGGCGGAGUGCCAGUACUGCCGCCGGUGACGGCGCUAAAACGAGCAUUGACGAGCAAUAGUCGCAACUCACCGGACGAGGGCUAUCAGGAGGGAUGCGGCACCGAUGUGUAAAACGAGAAAGCGAGCGGGACAGCGGCGUCCAUGGCGUUGUAGACAAACGAAAUUUGUAAUUGCUAAUUUUGGUAUAGCGGAAACACAUCGCAAAAUUCUUGUACAUAUGAAGUUUGAGCUGCGUCUGUCUGUUUAUUUGAUGGCAGAGUACGAUUUCACUUUUUAUUUAAGGCUUUAAAAUAGACAUUUAUUCUUUGAAUUCUUGAGCACUUUUGUUAAAUUUUGUAAAUAGAUCGAUUUUAUAUUAUAUUUUAUACCUGUAUAGAGCAACAACAACUAGCACAGCUCCAUCAAUGUUUUAAGAAACCUUCUUACUUUUAGAUUAUUUCCCAAGUGUGUUGUUUAUAUAUUUUUGUAUUUUUUAUUAUUAAUUUUUUUACUUUUUGUUUUUGUUAAAAAUUAUGUCUAAUUUGCACCAACAACUCAUCAGCAGACUGCGUGGAAGGAGGGUAAAAUGACGAAUAGAUUUUUGUACUGAGCAGCUGCGCUCCCAACUCACUCGCAAGCAUACGAGUGUGCGUGCGUGUGUGGGAGCGUGGCAUCGCGUAACUACUACUACUGCAGCUGGCAAGUAGUAUAAAACAUGAAUGUGAUAGUGUUUGAUUAAUUCAUAACUGAAGAUAAUAAUUGGAAAAAGCAAAAAGUACGACUAUGUUUUGUCACAAGCAACAUAUAAACGCAUAAGUCACAUAGUAAAUGAAUUUCGAAUGCAUAACUACGAGUAUACUUUUAGGAUUAGUGUAAAUAAUUAAUUGUAAUAAUCUAAGUAACCUACGUAAUUGAAAAAUAUUAUAUGAAUAAGUUGUAUUAAAAAAAGAAAACAAAAAACCAAAAAACAAAAAAAAUAUGAAUCGCAGUGUUUCAAAGUUGUGAGAAAUACUUAUGUAUAUACAAAAACAAAACAAAAACAAAAAAAAUUAAAUAAAAUAAAAUCGCGAAAUAUAGAAAAUUAAAAAGAAACACUUGAGUAAUCAAUAAUCACCACAUACUGACUGAAAUUGUUGUAUAUUAGGAAACUUUAAAUGUUUAUGAAAAUAAAAAUUUAUGUGGCAACAAAUUUUCGGACACCCAUUGAGCGCCUCAACAGCGACAACAGAGCUGCGCGCGUUGUUCGAGUUGGGCCCUGGGUGUUCAAAUGGUUGUGGGAACGACGAAAGACCGAGGCGCAGUGUAAGUUAAAAACAAUAAAACAAUAAAUUCUGGCAAUAGAAGUAUAUUGUUUGAAUUUCAUUUGUAUAUUUUGAAAGCAAAGUUUUCUUGAUAGUUCUUUAAUUUGCCAAGUGAAGUUUGAGAGGUCAUUUGAUGUACGCACCAAUGAUAAGUGAAAGUUAAUAGAGCCCUUCAA